CUCCAGCAUAUAGGUUUACCCAAUUGUCACCCCAUAUAUCAUUUAUGAAACACACGACUAACGUAAUUUUUGCUGGCGGGGAAGGGGGUUAAUGUUUUAGACGCAGGUGGAGAUGGAAUAUUCCAUCAGCAAAAUAUAUAUUAAUGAAUCAAGGUUGAUUAAUUGUUCUAUUUGAUUAGUCAGAUCAGAUAAUUUUUAUCCACUUUUUCUUUAUGUGCAGAUUUUCAAAAUAGCUACUUCUACCCCUACCCCACCCAAAGUUGUAUUGUGUGUUUGAUCUGCAUUGUUAAACUUGAUUUGAAGUACUGACCACCAGCAUUUGAGCAAAGAUUGGAUCUUUACUACAUCUCCGUUUGUGGUUCCACAACAUAGUUGUUUUUCAAAUCCUUAGUCAUGAAUUGAAAAAGACAAGCAAAGAGACUUGCUUGUUCCAAAAGAGAAUAUACAUAUUAUUUCAAAACAAAACCAAAGUCAUAGACAAGAACAAGCUAUGAACAAUUCCAGUGACUGCAAAGUUGAUGUUGGGCAGCUCCUUGAUAUUAAAUGGAAGCUGGGCUUUGCAGUAAGUUCAGAUGACUGCAAAAAUCUCAACUUUCCUUUUGUGACAUUGGUACUAAAGACUGCAGAUGUUUCUAACCAGGAGCAUUUGCACACAGUUGAAAUGACCUUGGCCCAGUUUAGAACUUUUUCAAAUCAGCUUCAACAAAUGGCAAAAGCACUAGAAGCAACUUAAAGAUGAGUGGACAUUAACUUGAUUGCAAAUUAUAUUUUAUACCCUUUUGUCUUAAUUUAGAUUCAAGGUUGUUUGUUGUUCCUAGUAUUUAUAUACACUCUGAAGUUUUUGUGAUCAAAGAGCAGUGAAGACAUUCUCAGGUUGACUGCAAAUCCGAUGACUAAGUAGCAGUUCACUCUCAAAAUAAAGCAGACUGGAUGUCAGGUUGUGCUGGCAUGUAGGAUUUGUUUUAUUACUUUGAUCUCCUUUGUUGGAUCUCUUGUGCUGCUUUGAUUAUAAAAUCUUUGUUUUAUGGAUCUGGAGCACAGGAUAGGUAACAAUAUGAGGGUUGAAUGUUCUAAGGUGUUUGUGAGUUCUCUUUGACAUCUACUUGAAUUUUUUGCUGCUGAUGUAGUCUUUCAGUCACAUUUAAUUUUCAGGAAUUCAUUUUAAGACUUUGAUGAUUGGUCAGUCUUCCUUGUCUGGAACAUUUAAUAGAGAGUUGUGAACCUGGUUUUUUUUUUUUCUAAUUUUCAGAUAUUUGUAAUCUUUCACUGGUAAAUGCAUUAUAGCAUAUGCUGUUUACUUUAAAAGUGAGAAUAUUUCAAUAGUAUUUUUGAAAACCAAUCUUACAUUUAGUUUUUUAUUAGCCUUCUCUAUCAUCGUUUGCAAAAUAUGAAAAAAUUUCACAGGUUGGCAUAAUUCUUCAAAAACAAAAACCUCAAAAUUGUGACAAAGGAACUGGUUCUGUGUGAUCUGGGAAUGACUGUUUGAAUAUAAAGUGGACAUUGUUAUGUGCUGUCUAUCCUUCAAUUACAGAUAUCAGUAUAAUUCAUUACACAGUGAUUAUAUAAUAUUCAGAAGAAUCUCUUGUGAAGGCCAUAAACAGCAGUUUUCAGAUUUUUUUAUUUUUAAAAAACUUCAUGUUUCAUUAAAGUUGUAUAACGGUA